GAGCAGCGUCUAUAGCUUCAUUGCAGGUACAGUCCAUUUCACUUGAAAGCGCCGACUGGUAAUUACUCGUCUUCAGAGGCUUUGCAUUGGUCACCUGCUCAAUUGGUCAGCAACUGGUUUUGAGUCAUGAGCAAACGCGAGUAUCUUUGAGGGGCAAAGUAGUCGAGUCAAAUCAACGUCUUUAACACCGUAGUAACUAGAGCUAAGCGCAAGAGCUUGGAAUAUGGCGCACGCCAGCCCAAACGGGUCGCAAGAAUCAACAGUUGUACGCUCCGUCAAUGAAGUCAAUCAAGCUUCAGCAACUACGCCGAAACAGAGCGGCGAGACGCCCCACGACAAUGCGACGUCGGCACCAAGCGGAGUGAAGAGCUCAGCAACCGGAGCACCAAAGACCCCAGGCCCUCGUAGGCCGAACUAUGCAAAGAUACAUGCGAGAAAGCUUCCGUUGGAUGUCUAUCCGCUGCCCACAUUCCAGCCACACAAUCCUCUCUCACUGGUCCCCAUCCUCUACAUCCUCAUCAGAGACUUCAUCCUUCCCCGCUCCUCCCACUCACGCUGUCCCUUCCAUGCUUCCUUUUCGUCGUCCACGCAGUCCGUGCACGUCACCGACGAAGCAACGGUCAGAGCGCUUUGGGAAGACGGCUUUUUCGGCAAAGGCACGCUCAGUCGGAGCGAGCCGAACUGGCUGGCGUCGGAGAGAAGAAGACUGGGGCUUGUCGCCUUCGAGACGGCGGAGGAAUUCUCGGCGAGGAGACGCAAGGAGAGGGAGGAGUUCAAGAAGCAAAGAGCGAAGAUUGAGAAGGAGCUGGUCGAGCAGGUCAGGCAGAGGGAGGCUCAAGGGUUAAGUGGGCUGCCCGGUGGCGAGGCUCCAGAUCAGAUCCCGGUCAUAGCUGGAACGAGAGCUCGGGAGCUGAUGGAACUUCGGUCGAACAGGGCCAAAGAAGCGUCCAAGGCACAUGCGGACGUAGAAUCUAGCACGGCCGAACAGGCAACCCAGAUUGAGAUUAUCAACCAAGAACACCUUCAGUUGUCGCUUGUGGAAGCUUUCUUCCUCACAUAUGCGCUUGGCGUCCUACAAAUGGACUUGCCUCCCGGCAUCAAGGACAAUUGGGACAUCCUUGAGCUCUUUCGCCAGCAUUCAUACUUCCCGCCUGCAGCAUCCUCGGCGCUUCAACCAGAUGACCCUUUCCUGCUCCACUACGUCGUCUACCAUCACUUUCGAUCUCUCGGAUGGGUGGUCCGCGAAGGGAUCAAGUUCGCCGUCGACUUCCUUCUAUACGAGCGCGGCGUCGUCUUCUCCCACGCAGCCUUUGCGGUCCUCAUCCUUCCCUCCUACUCUGACCCAGAUUGGUUUUCGGAUCCGGAGCGCAGGAAGAAAGUAGAAAGGCAAAGGAGAAAGAAAACGUGGCAUUGGUUUCACUGCGCAAAUCGAGUCCAGAAUCAGGUGCUCAAGACACUGGUUCUUGUUUACGUAAAUGUGCCCAGCAUAGAGAGGAUGAAAAAGCCGAUGGAAGAAAGAGACGUGGGCGGUCUCCUUGAACUGUAUCGAGUGAGGGAAUUCAGCACGAAGCGGUGGAGCGCAAAUCGAAAUAGGGAGUAAUGAGGCUUGGAGAAGAAUUUAACAUAACCAGCAUACGCGCAGACAACUUAGCGAACAGCACAACUCUGUGGAUUUCACGACCCGUGUGGUGGGCAGGUUAGGAAAACGAUUUACGAGUCCAUAAUAUUGCUAUGACAGGACAUCAUGACCGUGCAUUGCUAUGCAAUCGAUCACAGUCUAUUUUGCAAAAGUGCCAAAGUGGAACCGAGAAGAACAUUCAUCCAGUCAUGCAUGAAAACACGCAGUGUAUCCGCAACAGAUGUUUAUUGGAUCUUAGUAUCCUAUGUGUAUUCAUAUCUAAGCGUUGCUUCUACCGCUCCUUAUAUAUGCGGCUAAUUGCAAGUGUGGCAAUGCGGCUGGCAGAAAUUUCUUUUUUAGGACAGAAC